CACACACAAAACAACCUCCUACCUUAAACUGGAACACAUAAAAGGUCACUCUCUUUCCAUUCUAGGAUUUGACAUGGAAAACAAAGUUUCUGUUAUAAUAUUUUAUUAUUAUUUGACAAUUUUUAUAAGAGGAAAAUGGUCUUACUAAAAUUAACUUUUGCAUUUUUAAAGAGAAAGAAAAAGUAAAAAAUAGUGAGAGAUAAUGUUAUGUAAAAAAAUAAAAUCUAAUGUAAAGUACCAUUGUCCAUUUAAUAUUUCAACCACAAGAUGACAGACAAAUUAUGAAGCACAAUCCCCUUAUAAUAUCUCUUCACACUUCCUUCCUUUUAACCCAACACCCUUCUUCAAAGACUCAAUCUUUCUCCUUCUUUGGCAUGAAACAUGGCCAAGACCAUAAUGGGAAACAUGGGAUAUUUUUUUACAAGCUAUCUUCUAGUUCUAACAAUGAUGUUCUCAGCAAAUGCUCAAUUUGCUAAGAAGACUUACCUAGUUCAAAUGGAUAAGCCAGUAAUGCCAAAAGCCUUCACCAACCACCUUGAAUGGUAUUCAUCAAAGCUGAAAUCGGCACUGUCCACAUCUCCAGAAGCUGAUGCGGACAGUGAGAAGAAAAUUAUCUACACUUACCAGAAUGCUUUUCAUGGUGUUGCAGCUAAGUUGACUGAAGGAGAAGCUAAGAAGCUAGAGGCUGAAGAAGGAGUUGUGGCCAUAUUCCCAGAUACAAAGUAUGAGCUACACACUACAAGAAGUCCUGCAUUCCUCGGGCUUCAACCACAAAAAGCCCCUAACGUGUGGUCAGAAAAGCUUUCGGGCCGUGAUGUUAUAGUGGGAGUGUUAGAUACUGGGAUUUGGCCAGAGAGUGAAAGCUUCAAAGAUGUAAGCAUGGGACCAGUACCUGCUCAUUGGAAAGGUGCCUGUGAGAUUGGAACAGGAUUCACAAAAAGUCACUGCAAUAAAAAGGUUGUGGGGGCAAGAGUGUUCUACCAUGGAUAUGAAGCAGCAAUUGGUAGAAUUAAUGAGCAGAAGGAGUACAAAUCACCAAGAGAUCAAGAUGGGCAUGGCACUCACACAGCAGCUACAGUUGGUGGCUCUCCUGUGCUUGGGGCUAACCUUCUUGGUUAUGCUAAUGGCACAGCAAGAGGAAUGGCACCAGGUGCAAGGAUUGCAGCUUACAAAGUGUGUUGGAUUGGUGGGUGCUUUAGCUCAGAUAUUGUGUCAGCUAUUGAUAAAGCUGUGGCUGAUGGAGUGGAUAUUCUUUCCAUCUCUUUGGGUGGUGGAGUCUCCUCUUAUUACCGUGAUAGUUUAUCUGUUGCUGCAUUUGGAGCAAUGGAGAAGGGUGUUUUUGUUUCAUGUUCUGCAGGAAAUGCAGGACCUGAUCCUGCCAGCCUCACCAAUGUUUCACCAUGGAUCACCACAGUUGGAGCCAGCACAAUGGAUAGAGAUUUUCCAGCAGAAGUUAAGCUUGGAAAUGGUAAGAUAGUGACUGGAGUUUCACUCUACAAAGGGCAAAGUGUGCUUUCAAUUGAGAAACAAUACCCUUUGGUGUACUUGGGGAGCAACUCUAGCAGGGUUGAUCCAAGAUCCAUGUGCUUGGAAGGGACUAUGGAUCCUAAAGUGGUUUCAGGAAAGAUAGUUAUAUGUGAUAGAGGCCUUAGUCCUAGAGUGCAGAAGGGUCAUGUGGUGAGAAGUGCAGGAGGGGUGGGAAUGAUUCUCACAAAUACUGAAGCUAAUGGAGAAGAACUAGUUGCUGAUUGCCAUCUCCUUCCAGCAGUUGCAAUAGGAAAAAAAGAAGGAAAAGAUCUCAAAAGUUAUGUCCUAUCUAGUCAAAGUGCUACUGCAACUCUAGCUUUUAAAGGUACGAGGUUGGGAAUAAGGCCAUCUCCUGUAGUGGCAGCAUUUUCAUCAAGAGGGCCAAAUUUUCUCAGCCUUGAAAUUCUGAAGCCUGAUUUAGUAGCUCCUGGGGUGAAAAUUCUUGCUGCUUGGAGUGAGGCCAUUGGUCCAUCAGGUUUGAAAGUGGACAACAGGAGAGAGAAGUUCAAUAUACUCUCUGGAACCUCAAUGUCAUGCCCACAUGUGAGUGGUGUAGCAGCCUUUCUCAAAGCCAG